GUGGACUGAAGUAGCAAAGCAGCUUGGUAUCAAGUUUGAAAAUCUGAUUGGGGACGUUUUGGUAUCAUCCGGUGUCGUGGCGUACUUGGGCGCCUUCACGGCUGCCUUUAGACAAGAACAAACAGUGCAAUGGGUCAAUGCCUGUCGUAGCACCAAUAUCCCUUGUUCUGAUGACUUCUCAGUCACAGGCACGCUCGGUGACCCUGUGAAGAUAAGGGACUGGAACAUAGCUGGCCUGCCAACUGACAGUUUCUCUAUUGAGAAUGGAAUUAUAAUCAGGUACUGUGGAUUAACUCAGGCGUGUUGUCCUUCAGUUUGGGUAGCAUGUUUAUCUCCUCACUGGUUGAGCAAAUUUCACUCCUUUUGUCGUUUGCAUUCAGUGUGUAUGUUCUCCAUCGUAAGCCAUCCUUUUCCCUUCUUGGUUUGUUAUUACUCCCUUUGCUUAUGUCCUCCUUGCCGAGCAAACAUUUUACAGUGCCUCUCAAAUAAAGAGUACUUUAGCAUUUCAACCAUCGUGAUACAGCCCGUGUUAUGGUUGCCCUGGUUUUCCAAGGGGGAAACACCCAAACACAAACACGUUGCUCAAUGUUUCCCUCCGUAGAACUUCUAUCAAAUGAGCUUGUUUUCCUUUCCUUUUCACAGCAAUGCAAAUCGUUGGCCACUGAUGAUCGAUCCGCAGGGACAAGCAAACAAGUGGGUUAAAAAUAUGGAGAAGAAAAACAACUUACACGUCAUUAAAAUGACCGAUGCUGAUUAUGUACGAACACUGGAGAACUGUAUCCAAUUUGGUACCCCGGUAGGUUGGCUACUCCUUUGCUAUUUCCACAACGAUGUUUACAUUUACAUGCCCAGUUUACAUUUUCUGUGAAUGUGAAUUUUUUUCGUUUUUCUCUCUAAGCUGACUAAAAGAUGAAAUAGAUAGUGAGAAAAAAAUCAAGUUCAUUUUUGCCGAUGUGAUCCCUAAAUGCGCUGCUAGUACUCUGCAGAUAGUUUUUUCCGGUGAUUUUGUGGGAAUUCUCUCUUUACGCAGUAUGGUGUUGCUAUUUUAGGUUUUGUUAGAAAAUGUUGGCGAGGAACUCGAUGCACUAUUAGAGCCGCUACUUUUGAAACAGACCUUCAAACAGGGCGGCAGUAUCUGUAUCAAGCUUGGCGAUAGCGUCAUUGAAUACUCCAAGGAUUUCAGGUCAGUUCUGUGAGGGAAUUCUUAUUGAGUCUUAGAGGUGAUAUUUGUAAUAAUGUUUGAUGACUGUCGUUGAAUUACGACUCUAGAGAGAAAAAACGAAAAACGAUCAGGACGUCUAAGAUUAUCUCGUUCUGUACAUAGCGAAUAAAGGAAAGUUAUUGAUGGAACAAGUGAUUACUCACUCUCCGCACUAUUUCCAUUUUAAGGUUUUACAUAACAACGAAGCUCAGAAACCCACACUACCUUCCGGAGACGUCAGUCAAGGUAACUGGGGAAAGGUUACGUUUGCCUUGGUAUUAUAGAUUUAUUAAUCGUUUUUGUUAACGUCAAGGUUUCAAAUCGAAUAAAACGGAGGUCAUAAUUUCUGAAUCUCAUGCGUUUGCUCGGAAACUCAAUAGGUACAGGUAGGAAAUAUGCGUAAAAAAGGAACUUCAGUUUGGGUGCUUUCAGUUUGAAAAUUUUGUCAGAAUAAUGAAUAGCGCUUGACUUGUCAGCUAUUGUUACCGUUUUCAUGCCGUAGAUACUUCGAAAAGAGUCUGACAAUGUCACUUAUUCAGCGUAUAUGUUACAUAUGUUUUUCUGUAGGUGACGCUGUUGAAUUUCAUGAUCACACCUGAAGGACUUGAGGAUCAGCUGCUUGGGAUUGUGGUGGCACGAGAAAGGCCUGAGCUGGAAGAAGAGAAGAAUGCACUGAUUAUACAAAGUGCAGAGAAUAAGAGGUGCGUUCACCAUACUAACAUUGUGAUGUUUAUAGUGUACGUAGCUCCUAACUUUGAUUCUCUGUCUUAAAACAGGCAACUGAAAGAGAUUGAGGACAAGAUUUUGGAAGUGCUGUCUUCAUCUGAAGGAAACAUCUUAGAAGAUGAGACUGCUAUUAACGUUUUGUCCUCAUCUAAGGUGUUAGCAAAUGAAAUCUCCGAAAAACAGGUCAGUCGACUUUCUGCUUUUCUGUUUGUGUCCACCUGCUCGUCUUUCUUUCCGUCCUUUUCGUUCCAUGUCUAUUUUAAGUCUGUCUGUCUGUCUGUCUGUCUGUCUGUCUGUCUGUAUGUCUAUCGGUCUCUAUCUUACUUCACCCAUUCAUUAUUUCACUGUCUAUCAACUUACCGUUGUACCCCGAUUUCUUAAUUAUGGUCGAUCAUGAUGCUUUUUCUUGAUAAGUAGUUGUAUGUUUUGUCAGGCCAUAGCAGAAGAAACGGAAAAGAAGAUUGACAACACACGCAUGGGUUACACACCUAUCGCUACUCACUCAGCAGUGCUGUUUUUCUCCAUCGCUGACCUGGCCAAUAUUGAACCUAUGUACCAGUACUCUCUUACUUGGUUCAUCAAUCUAUUCAUCAUGUCUAUUGACAAUUCUGAGAAAUCAGAAGUACUGGAACAACGGUAAGAAAAACUACAUAAAAUGUGCCCAUGCCUUUUAGCUUUGUCAUACCUCGUAUACCCUGCUUGUUCCUCGGUUAGCGCGUGUAAUUUAACGUGACAGCCUUAUUUGACGAUGCAUUUUGUAUUUCUGAGUAGACGAGAAGAUCCUUGCUGUUCAAAAGGCUUAACUUAAGCCCGCUUUACUGAUUAUUAGUGAGAAACUGAUAAUGGCUGUUUUCCAUCUACAGGCUGGAGAAUCUAACGAAUCACUUCACUUAUUCUCUUUACUGCAAUGUGUGCCGAUCACUGUUUGAAAAGGAUAAGGUGACAGAAUUUUGAAUUUCUUGUAUUUAACAUGGUUUUAUCGCACACAAGAAAUACGAUAUUUGCAUUAACGAUAAUAAAUGGACUUUCAGAACAUGUUUCUGAUCCCAGUUUGUGAAUUGUUCAAGCCCAGCUAAUGUUAUGGUCACCCUUGUUUUACAGCUCCUGUUCUCGUUCCUGUUGUGUGUCAACUUACUGAAAGGCAAAGGAGAAAUAUGUGAUAAUGAGUGGCGUUUCCUAUUGACUGGCGGAGUAGGCCUGGACAAUCCUCAUUCCAAUCCGUCCACUUGGCUUCCCUCGCGGUCCUGGGACGAGCUGUGUAGGCUGGAUGACUUAUCAAUGUACGUUGCUAUACACAGAGCUCUGCAAAUUUUUCUUUGACUAUCCUUUCCCAUGAUCGCUGAAUUAAUUGACUCACCUUAACUUUCUUUUUGUUUAUAUAGGUUCAAAGGAUUCCGACACAAGUUUCCCAAACACUUAGAAGGAUGGAAAAAGAUUUAUGACAGUAAUGUGAGUGAUUUCUGUUUUUAAUUAAGUUUUAGCUCUUUAACCAAGUUUCAUAUCAGGUAUAUGGUAUAUGCUCGUUUUCAGUAUUGGACGGUGAGGGUAUAUUGUUCGUUAGAAUUCGGGCUAAUGGGGGAAAAUUACACAGCGGACUUAUCUAGUUUUGUUUCUGUAUUGUUGUUUUUAUUUUUCUUUGUCUGUUAUUUUCAUUUUUUUCUUUACUGUUUUGUUUCUUUUCUUUCAGAGGGGUUACUCUAUUUUCUUGUCUUUACUCAUUGUUGUGUUACUUUGCUUUCAGGAGCCACAAAAUGAGCCUUUACCAGGAGAUUGGGAUGAGAAACUUGGCCAGUUUCAAAAAAUGGUUAUCCUGCGCUGUCUUCGACCUGACAAGGUCUGUUAUAGCAGUCAAUAUCGACAAAAUUUACUCGCGUCCUUUUUUUAUGAUAUUAUUUAGGUAUAUUUAUAAACGUUGCAUUGUUUUCCUUGCUUGUUUUCAGAUGACGCCCGCAGUUCAAGAUUUUGUUACCGCUAAACUUGGUAAGCGUUUCAUUGAGCCUCCACCAUUUGACCUUGCUAAGGCUUUUGCUGAUUCGAACUGCUGUGCGCCGCUCAUCUUCGUUUUGUCUCCUGGCUCUGAUCCCACUGCCGCCCUGCUCAAGUUUGCUGACGAUCAGGUAAACUACAACGAAAGCUUCAGUCUUACACGCUUUAUCUGCUUAGUUUUCAUUGCUGAACAAUAGAGUGAAGCUUACGAGACGAUUAGAUUGCUUGAUUUUCAACUGAACGUGCAAUCGCCCCAAGGUAAUUGUUUGUGAUGAGAUACAACCGAAUGAUCAGUCAUCCCUCCCGAGAGGAGAUUGUCCUGCAAGUCUUUCUUAUGAAGUAUUCAGUCCCUCGUCUAUGUUAAAGGUGUUGCCGUUGUUGUUAUAAAUGGCCUUAGCAAGUCAUUUUCAAGGCAGCACGAAAGACGAUUUAUAUGAGACAAGUUGAUCGGCAAUUGUUGACACGGUCAUGUAGUGCUAUCUAUUUCACAAGUGUUUGCGAGAUUCUGCAUUAUCAACAAUUUUUUAGACCGCCUGCACUAAGGGCUAAUGUAUUUUGUCUGUCAUGAUAGGGCUUUAGUGGAUCCAAGUUGAGUUCUUUAUCGCUCGGUCAAGGCCAGGGUCCAAUUGCCAUGCGUAUGAUAGAGAAGGCCGUCAAAGACGGCACCUGGGUAGUGCUGCAGAACUGUCACUUGGCCACAUCAUGGAUGCCUACACUGGAGAAAGUUUGUGAGGUUAGAACCGAAUAUCAUGUUGUAAGUUUAAUACAAGGUAGCUAGCAGGAUCAGCUUAAAUUAAACUUUUAAUGAAAGAAAAUAUGAACUCUUCCCUUCCCACUCAUUCCACGUCUGUGCGAGACUUUAUGAGCGCUUUGAUGUUUAGAUCACUCAUUCUUACACACUUGAACAAAUUCAGCUUUGUUCUAAAUAAUCAAGCUUGUAUUUUGUAUCAUUGCUGCACAACAGAUUUUGACUGACAUGGUUAAACAUUUGCUUUGUUUCCUCUUUUGAAGGAACUGAACCCAGACACGACGCACCCUGAUUUCCGUUUGUGGCUCACAAGUUACCCGUCACCAAACUUCCCAGUGUCUGUACUUCAGAAUGGUGUCAAGAUGACCAACGAACCUCCUAAAGGACUGCGUUCAAACGUCAUUCGCUCCUACCUGAGUGACCCUAUCUCAGACCCAGAGUUUUUUACGACAUGCAACAAACCUGUAAGUAACAACUGAAGAUAAGUUAGAUACUUUGUACAACUUCUUGAUCACUGUUCAAGGUGAUGGUCUGUCAAAUUCUUGACCAUUUGUCUUUACUCUUCAUCUUCCAGCGCGAGUUCAAAAAAAUGCUGUAUGGUUUGUGCUUCUUCCACGCCAUCGUUCAAGAGAGGCGGACGUUUGGUCCCUUGGGUUGGAACAUUCCUUACGAAUUCAAUGAGACUGACUUGAGGAUAAGUGUGCGACAGCUGCACAUGUUCUUGAAUAAAUAUGAUGUAAGUAUUUUUGCCUCUAGUUACUACUGAGCAACUCUGUUAAAAUCCUUCAACCUCAAACAGCCUCGCGAUGGGUUUUGCAUCUUAGAAAAUCUAGCCAAGCUUUCGGCAAAGUGGUUUUCAAUCCGUUUAAAUCUUCGUCAGCAGCAGCCAUUCUUGUUCCUUGUCAGGUUGACAUAACCUCUGCUGUAUUUUACGAUCCGAAGGGGCUUACAUUUUGUGUUCUCCCUCUAGUUUGAGGUGCUUUGUGCCUUUCAUGAGUCAUCAACAACUUUUCCUGUAUUUUUUAAAUUGCAGGAAGUCCAGUUUGCUGCUCUGUCGUAUCUGACCGGAGAGUGUAAUUAUGGCGGCCGAGUGACUGAUGAUCGUGACAGACGGACCUUGCUGACCAUCUUGGACAAGUUUUACACCUCGGACAUCAUAAACAACGAAGAUUACAAGUUUUCUCCCAGUGGCAAUUACUUUGCCCCUAAAGAGGGAGAAUACGAGACUUACAUCGAUUAUUCACGAAGCCUGCCGUUGAUAACCCACCCUGAAGUGUUUGGUAUGCACGCUAAUGCUGACAUUAGUAAAGAUCAGCAAGAAACUAAUCUUUUGUUCAACAGCAUCCUGCUUACUCAGUCCCGAGCUUCUGCCAAGGGGGGAAAGUCAGAAGACGAGGUGGUGUAUAGUGUGGCAGCGGACAUCUUGGAGAAGCUUCCGCAGAACUUUGACACUGAGGCUGCACUACGCAAGUUUCCCACCACCUACACACAGAGUAUGAACACAGUGCUUGUACAGGAGAUGGUAAGAUUCAACAGGCUCACAGAAGUAGUGCGGUCCUCGCUUAUAAACAUACAGAAGGCCAUCAAGGUACGCGGUAUUUAACUUUCCGAAUAGCCCUGAGGUGCUAGAGGUAAAUUCCCAAGUUGUUAGUAAGUUGACAGAGAUAAUGGAGGAAUACUGCUAAUUCUCUGAAAACGGGAACUUUCAGAAUCAGCACUGAGUGUUCAUCCCAUAGUGGAAAAUUAGGUUGUUAGAAACUGACAGAGAGUGCAGUAAACGAUAGGGACCGACUCCAAGUUUACGUAUAAGAGGACUGACUGUUUUAAAGAAAAGUGCGGAAGCAAAACUUUUUUGGGAAGCGCAAGGAACCCAAAACAGAGUGAUAUAAGAUUAAUUUUAUUCAAGAGUCUAGUGAUUAAGCACAUAUACUCAUGAGAGAAUCAGCUGUAACUUUUGCACCAAUAAUCAUUAAAAUAACGGACAGAGAUUGUCAAAACUAUUAUUCCCAAUUCAGAUAACUUGUGUGACAUCGUUAUACUUGUGAUCAUCUUUUUGCAGCUUUUUUAAGGGUUGGCAAUAAUUCUCAUCUAAAGUACACUUAGCGGCGAAAGUAAGCCAAACUAAAACUCAUCAUGUUCUUGUUUUUUUCAAGGGAUUGGUGGUGAUGUCGUCUGAAUUAGAGGAGGUCGUGAGUGGCAUCCUGAAAGGAAAAAUCCCAGGCCUGUGGAUGAAGAAGUCGUACCCAUCACUCAAGCCUCUCGGCAGCUAUGUUAAUGACCUCAUAGCCCGACUGAAAUUCCUUCAGGAAUGGUAUGAUAAUGGCGCACCUCCCGUGUUUUGGGUGUCUGGAUUUUUCUUCACCCAGGCUUUCUUGACUGGUUCAAAGCAGAACUAUGCAAGAAAAUACACCAUUCCCAUUGAUUUGUUGACCUUCGACUUCGAGGUUCUUGAAGACAAGACAUACGACACCCCACCUGAGGACGGAGUGUACGUGAAUGGCUUGUUCAUGGAAGGUUCCCGCUGGGACAGAGAGAAAAAAGUGAUAGGCGAGUCUCACCCUAAAGUUUUGUACGAUAACAUGCCUGUGAUGUGGCUGAAGCCCUGCAAGAAGGAGGGUGUUGUAGACAGACCACACUAUGUUGCCCCUGUGUACAAGACAAGCGAGAGACGUGGAACACUCUCCACCACAGGACACUCAACCAACUUUGUAAUGGAUAUGCGCCUGCCGUCUGACCAGCCGCAGUCGCACUGGAUCAUGCGUGGAGUGGCUCUUUUGUGCCAGUUGGAUGAUUAA